AUGGUCAAUUAUUGCAACUUGUGCUACUUAGUAGUGAUCUUUUUACCAUUAUUAUCAGCUUUUAAUCUUACCGAGGAAUUUUAUUUAGAAACCUACCAAAUAUUAUCUGGCCUGGGAAACUAUGUUUUGCCUGUUAAUAAUGAUGAAUAUUUUCCCAUGGAAGAAACGGACGAAAAGACUAAUGCUACCAAUUGGAAUGGAAAUUUUGACUUUAUAAUCAUCGGAGGUGGAACCGCUGGAGGUGUAAUUGCCAACAGAUUGACAGAAGAAAAUAAUUACAAAGUUCUCAUCAUAGAAGCAGGUCAUCCAUAUCCAGACCCAGCAGCGGUACUAGGACUACACCCAUAUUUUAUUUUUACUAAAUACAACUGGGGGUAUAAUACUACUGAGCAGAAAAAUGCAUGUUUAGGUUCAAUCAACGAUCGAUGCAUGUGUCCCAGAGGUAAAGUCCUAGGUGGUACCAGUGUUAUAAAUGGCGGGAUAUAUUCUAGAGGAAGCGCGGGAGAUUUCAAUUUUUGGGAAGCAAUUGGUAAUGUUGGUUGGGGCUACGAUGAUGUUCUACCAUACUUCAAGAAAUCUGAAAAGUGUCAAAUUGAUAGAGAUUUAUUAGAUCAAGACUUUCAUGGAUUUGACGGGCUGCAGGCUACUGGAAUGGCAGAAGAUACACCAAUACUAACAGAAGCCAUACUUGAAGCUUUUAACGAAAUCGGAAUGCCAACACUAGACUAUAAUGGAGAAAGUUCCGUAGGUAUCAGUCGAAUGCAACUCUAUUUGGACAGAUCCUUUCGAACUGAUACUGCUUAUGCUUAUUUAAAAUCAAUUCUUGACCGCGUUAACUUACAUAUUAUAUAUCACGCCCUUGUUACGAAAAUACGUUUCGAUGGAAAUACUGCCAGAGGUGUAGAAUUUAUGAAAGAUGGAAUCCUUUACUUCGCUAGUGCUAAAAAAGAAGUGAUACUUUCAGCUGGUGCUAUUAAUUCACCACAGCUGCUUAUGUUAUCUGGUAUUGGACCAGCACAGGAAUUGCGUAAGCAUGGUAUCAAGUGUAUUAAGAACUCGCCGAACGUUGGAAGGAAUCUAAUGGACCACAUGAUUUUUCCUGGAUUGGCUUAUCAGAUAAAUUCAUCCUAUUACGAUAACGUUACUCUCGAAGAAUCUUUACAAUUAUGGACAGAGGGCAAAAGGCCGCUUAAUUCUGGGGCAGCUUCUGGAGGGGAAGUUAUAGGGUUCUUGAAGUUGAGUAAUGAUUCCUAUGAACGUCCAGAUUGUGAGAUAUUUGUUAUUGGACCUCCUUCUGUGGGCGGGCUUCUGGGAACAAUGUUGGGGUAUGAUGAUUUUUAUGCCCCCUUACUGGGAAGUCUUGACCCCUCUAAAACCAUCUUGGUUGGUGUUGUGGUGGCCCAUCCAUCAUCUAGAGGAACUGUUAAAUUAACAUCAAACGACCCUCGUGAUUAUCCUUCGAUCGAUACGAAUUUUUUUUCAACAUCGGACCUUCAAACAAUGAAUUCAUGUACACAGAAAGCUUUACAAGUAACUUCCACCCAAGGAUUUCAGAAAAUUGGUGCUCAAUUGAUUCCAAUGCCAAUACCAGAGUGUGAUGAUGUUUUUCAGCAAUAUUCUGAGGACUGGUGGCAUUGCGCUUUUAAGGUUCUUUCCGUUACUUUUUACCAUCACAGUGGAACGACGAGGAUGGGUAAAAGCAUCACAGAUUCGGUGGUCGACUCAAACCUGAAAGUCCAUGGAAUAGAAAAAUUCAGAGUAGUCGAUGCUGGCGUAAUACCCGAACUAAUUUGCGGCCAUACAAAUGCCGCUGUAGUUAUGAUUGCUGAGAAAAUUGCGGAUGAGAUCAAGAGGGAACAUAAAGCACCAUCUCCACGCUCCCAAUAA